AAAAGCUAAAUACUAAACCAAAUACGGCGAAGAAAAAAUUCGGAAAACCAGUUUUAUCAAAACAAUACAAUGAGCGAACAAAAUGAGCUGCUAACCUUGCUUCAAAUAUCUGAUAGUGCUUUUCCAACGGGAGGUUUCUCACACAGUGGUGGAGUUGAAUCAGCAUUAAAACACAACAUUGUCACAAAUAAAAGUGAACUCAGAGACUGUUUUGGUUACUGCGUAGAAAAUGCAGGCUCAUUUGGGAUACCGUUUGUGACAGCUUCUUACAAUGCCUGCUUUGAAAUAGAGAAAUUGGUGGCCAUUGACAAUCAUUGUGAUGUGUGUACACCAAACCAUGUAGCCAAACGUGCCAGUAUCAGACAGGGAAGAUCUAUGCUGGAGACAUGUAGUAAAUCCUUUGCCAACAGUCAAAUGGUUUCAUUGUUAGACCAACUUCAGUGCUGCCACCUACCUGUGGUGUAUGGUGCUUGCUGUGGAAUUAUGGGUAUCAACAUCAAAUCAACCAUGACAACAUUUCUUUACAGUACUCUAAGAUCAUCUAUAGCCAGUUCUAUUAGACUAGAUAAAGUUGGUCCUAUAGAGGCCCAGAUCAUCCAGACAAACUUACAAAAGACCAUUCCUGAUGUAGUUGACAGAUACCGGUACAGGACUAUAGAAGAAGCUUGCAUUGUGUUCCCUAUUAUAGACAUGAUACAGAAUGCUCAUGAUAACAUGUUCUCAAAGUUGUUUUAUUCUUGAUAGAAAUGAGGUACAGAGGAUAGUGAACUUGAACUAUUAUAUCAUAUCAUUAAUUAGCAUAUAUAUGGGAUAUUUAUGAUAAUAUAUAUUAUACUUUUU